AGCAUCUUCACGUCUGCUCCUCUAACAUUCUGGCGUGGGGUAAAGGCUUCUACAACUGAAGAUGUCUAAUAAUGGAGUUGAAACAGAAGACAAACCGCCUGCUCCUCCGAUGAGAAAUACCAGCACUAUGAUUGGAUCAGGGAGCAAAGAUGCUGGGACUUUAAACCAUGGCUCAAAACCUUUGCCUCCCAACCCGGAAGAAAAGAAAAAGAGAGACCGAUUUUACCGAUCUAUUUUACCAGGCGAUAAAACCAAUAAAAAGAAAGAGAAAGAGCGGCCAGAGAUCUCCCUCCCUUCAGACUUUGAGCACACGAUUCAUGUGGGGUUUGAUGCAGUCACAGGAGAGUUCACUGGAAUGCCGGAGCAAUGGGCCCGUUUGCUGCAGACGUCCAACAUCACCAAGUCAGAGCAGAAGAAGAACCCCCAGGCAGUGCUGGAUGUGUUGGAGUUCUACAACUCCAAGAAGAUCUCCAACAGCCAAAAGUACAUGAGCUUCACAGAUAAGUUAACGGAGGAUUACAAUUCAUCAAACACAUUGAACGUGAAAGCUGUGUCUGAGACACCCGCAGUGCCCUCAGUAUCUGAAGAUGAAGAUGAUGAAGAUGAAGCAGCUCCACCCCCCGUGAUAGCUCCACGACCUGAACAUACAAAAUCUAUAUACACCCGCUCCGUGAUAGACCCCCUUCCUCCUCCCACCAGAGAUGUGGCCACCUCUCCUAUUUCUUCUCCUACUGAAAACAGCACAACAACCUCUGACAUGCUGAUCAGGAACACGGAGAAACAGAAGAAAAAGCCAAAAAUGUCAGAUGAAGAGAUAUUAGAAAAACUGAGGAGUAUCGUGAGUGUGGGUGAUCCGAAAAAGAAGUACACGCGUUUUGAGAAGAUUGGACAAGGAGCCUCGGGUACGGUUUACACAGCAAUGGAUGUAGCUACAGGACAGGAGGUUGCAAUCAAACAGAUGAAUUUGCAGCAGCAGCCCAAAAAAGAACUGAUUAUUAACGAAAUUCUUGUAAUGAGGGAAAACAAAAACCCCAACAUUGUCAACUACUUGGACAGUUAUCUUGUAGGCGAAGAGCUGUGGGUAGUCAUGGAGUACUUGGCAGGAGGCUCCCUAACAGAUGUUGUGACAGAGACCUGCAUGGAUGAAGGACAGAUCGCAGCAGUGUGCCGAGAGUGUCUCCAGGCUUUGGAAUUUCUCCAUUCAAACCAAGUUAUUCACAGAGACAUCAAGAGUGACAACAUUCUGCUGGGAAUGGAUGGCUCUGUCAAACUAACUGACUUCGGCUUCUGCGCCCAGAUCACUCCUGAGCAGAGCAAGCGCAGCACCAUGGUGGGAACUCCAUACUGGAUGGCACCUGAAGUGGUGACCCGGAAAGCAUAUGGGCCCAAAGUGGAUAUCUGGUCGCUGGGGAUCAUGGCCAUUGAGAUGAUCGAAGGAGAGCCCCCUUACCUCAAUGAGAACCCCCUGAGAGCCCUAUAUCUCAUUGCUACUAAUGGGACCCCAGAACUGCAGAACCCAGAAAAGCUUUCACCCAUAUUCCGAGAUUUCCUAAACCGCUGUCUUGAAAUGGAUGUGGAAAAAAGAGGUUCUGCAAAAGAACUGCUACAGCACCAGUUUCUGAAAAUUGCAAAACCUCUGUCUAGUCUUACUCCUCUGAUUAUUGCAGCUAAAGAAGCAGCAAAGAACAACCAUUAAAGUCAUGGAGUUCAACAUAGUUGUUGUGUCAAGCCUUUUAGAUGUUCAUUUCAAAGACUGAAUUACCUGCCGCUCCUCCAUCCCGCUCCUCCUUCGCAGGCAUGCUCUUAAAACUUUGAUCUACCUGGAAGGGUGGCAGAGGUGGCGUUAGCCGAAUGGCAUGCAAGAGGGACAUUGCUGAUCUUACGUAGCAGGCUGUCUUUCCAUCCCCUUGGUGGGGGUGAGAGGGGAAGAUUAUUUUGUAUGGUUGAAAAGAUCUUUCCGAGAACAUCUGAACCUGACCUACAAGUAGCAAAGCCACUUUGUUUUCAUACUUCUUAUUGUGUUUAUUUUUUAAAAAAAUAAAUGUGGAGCCUUAGACCA